GCGACGUAUUUUGUAUCAAAAGAAAAGGUAGGAGAAAUUAAUUGAUGAAAAGGGAAGGGUAGUGUGUGAAUGAGGGCAGAAUGUGGUGAUAGAGAUGAGAACCUCUUUGGGAAUUUUCAUACGGCGCCUCCACCCGCGACUCCGAUGCUUUUGGCAACGUGCUCUGUUUUGAUUUUCUAAAGAGAGGGUCUCGCGCGGCAUAAUUGAGAAAAUUGGUUCAAUUCCAAUCCUACUCGAGGUGUCCCACUAAUUUGAGUCAUACUCAAAGCCACAUGCCGUUCAGUUAAUUCUUGGCGCCAGUGGUAAGCACUUGCUGUAGUACCGCGCGGGAAUCAUUCUCCUCGCGCUUGGACACUCUCCUUAAGAGGAUACUCUGUGCUACAUGGACGAGGGUAGUAGCAGCAGUAUUGUGGCUGAUAGUGUGGUGGUGGAAAGUGUUCGGGAGAGUCUCGAAGAGAUUCUCACCAGGAUGCUGGAUGAUGCAGCUAAACGAGACGAUGAUGAUGAGGAGAAGAAGGUCAAUGCUCGUGAACGAUGGAGAAUUCUGGCUAAAGCAAUUCAAUACAGACUCCCUUCGGUGCCACACUUUGGUGGCUUUGGCCUGGUUAGCCUCAAACACAUCACAGUUCCGGAUAAAUUUAUUGGAUUCCCUGACAAUUGGAAUGAGUACAGGAUCACCAUGAAUACGGGCUACACUGUGAAUGUGCAUCGGAUGAGACGAAAAAUCACAGCACGAGAUCUUAUGGGAUUCAACUACACGGGGAAUAUAUGCCUGUGGCCCAGUGAGGAGGCCCUCUCGUACUAUGUCCUGGAGAAUUUGACUACCUUCCACGAUAAGUGGAUUCUGGAGCUUGGUGGUGGGAUGACAUGCCUCGCGGGGCUUCUAGUGGCCAAGUACGGCAACCCUUAUGGGGUACAUCUAACUGAUGGCAAUACCCUGUCUGUGGACAAUGUCCGGAAGUCUCUGCGCCUCAAUCCGAGUAUCAAUUGCUACGUAAAAUGCUCCAAUCUCGCGUGGGAGCGUUGUCGGGAGCUGUGUCCCAAUGAAGGGGGGAAGUUUCACUACAUCUUCUCAGCUGAUUGUGUGUUCUUCGAUGAGGCUCGCUCCUUUCUCGCGGAUGCCAUUCAGUACUUCCUGGCGGAUGAUGGUGUGGCACUUGUUAUGGCCCCACGGAGGGGCUCAACAUUAAACCUAUUUGGGCGUGAAGCCACAAAUAUGGGACUGAAGUGUCGUGAAAUUGAGCAAUACAGUGAUAUUGUGUGGAGGAAGCAUCGCGAAUUGAUGAUGACUCCACAUUACCGUGAAGACAUGCACUAUCCCAUUUUGGUUUUAGUUACUAAAUUUUAGUUUUUCUGUUUCUCUAAAUUUAAUAAUAUAGAGUUGUUCUCUCUUUCAUGCAAAAUACAUUCCAUGAAUUUAUGGCAUGAGUUCUUAUUCGUUGUUUCUCUCUGAACUUUCUUUACAAAUUAUAAUUAAUUGUGAAUAUAUUUGCAAAAGGAACUGGCUGACUACUGGAAGUCCAAUGAGAGGAAAUUCUGUGAUUUCUGCAAGUGCUGGAUUGCAGACAAUAAGCCC